GUCACAAUUGAUCAAAACUGCUUCUAGUUUUUUAUAUGUUCACAAUUUCUACUUAACAAAGUUAUUUUCACGUUACAUCUGUCUCAUGUCUGAAUUGUGGCAGAGAAAUGGAGGACAUUACAAUGAUCCCUUAUGACCAGGUAUCACAGGCCGUUGCGCGCCCCCUGUGGUCGCCUGAGGAACUGCAGGAGCAGACUGGGAGCACCAGUGCAUCCAUCUUCAUCCCGGUCAUCCUCCUCCUUGUUACAGUCUGAUCGUAAACAACGCUCUGUGUGAUAGAUUUGGUUUCAGGCUAAAGGCCGUUUCUCGCUCGUCGAAAUGUCGUCUAACGAUUACUCCCAAACAUCUGCUCAGGGCUAUGGGUCCUACGGUGGAGGUGGAGGUGGAGGUGGCGGAGGCGGAGCUAACCAGGGCUAUGGUCAGUCCUCUGGCCAGAGUUACAGCCAGCAGGGCUACGGAGGCUACAACCAGAGCUCUGACAGCAGCUCCAGCUCCUACAACCAGGGAGGAUACGGCAGCUACGGGCAGCCCCAGUCAGGAGGAUACGGUUCUCCAUCUUCUAACCAGGGUGGUGGAGGUGGUUAUAAUCAUUCCACUCCACCUUAUAGCUCUGGAGGUUACAACAACAGCAACCAGCCGUCCAACAUGAGCUACAACCAGCAGUCAUCCUUCUCUGGGUACAGCCAGCAGCAGCCUCCUCCUUCGUCCUCUUCAGGCUAUGAAGGUAGCUCGCAGGCUCCAGGCUACAACCAGCCACCAAGCAGUGGACAGAGCGGAGGUGGUUACGGGGGCAGCGGAGGUCAGAGUGGUGGAUAUGGCGGCGGUGGCGGGAGCCACCAACAACCAUCCCAGCACGGAGGAGGUCACUACAACCAGCCUCAAAGCUACAACUCCCCUCCUCCACAGAGCUACAGUCAGCAGAGUCAGUACGGUCAGGGUGGAGGAUACGGAGACGAAAGUCCGCCGAUGAGCGGAGGAGGAGGCGGAGGCUAUGGAGGUCCUGACGGAGGUUACGGUCAGGACGGCCGUGGUGGCAGGGGCCGUGGGGGCGGAUUUGGAGGUCGCGGCGGUGGCGGGUAUGAUCGUGGUUUUGACCGAGGUGGCCGAGGUGGACCAAGGGGAAGAGGAGGCAUGGGAAUGGGCGAUCGUGGAGGAUUCAAUAAGUUUGGUGGACCGAGAGACCUGGGACAUGGAGGACCUGGCUUCAUGCAGGACCAGGAUAACUCCGACAAUAACACCAUCUUCGUGCAAGGCCUGGGAGACGACUACACUGUUGAAUCAGUGGCAGACUUUUUCAAGCAGAUUGGGAUCAUUAAGGUCAACAAGAAGACAGGCCUGCCCAUGAUCAACCUGUACACAGACCGAGAGACGGGGAAGCUGAAGGGGGAGGCCACCGUUUCCUUUGACGACCCCCCGUCAGCUAAGGCUGCCAUCGACUGGUUUGACGGGAAGGACUUUAACGGAAAUCCCAUCAAGGUGUCUUUUGCCACCCGCAGAGCGGACUUUGGAGGCCGAGGCGGCCUGAGGGGGGGUCGAGGACGAGGAGGGCCGAUGGCUCGUGGUGGAUUUGGAGGAGGUCGAGGUGGAGGUUUCCCAGGAGGCAACGGGGGCGGUGGAGGAGGAGGAGGAGGAGGCCAGCAGAGAGCCGGCGACUGGAAGUGUUCAAACCCCAACUGUGGCAACCUGAACUUCUCGUGGCGUAAUGAGUGCAACCAGUGCAAAGCGCCUAAACCUGAGGAUGGUGGCGGGAUGCCCCCGUUGGACAGAGGAGGUUAUGGAGGAGAGCGCAGAGGGGGGUUCGAGCGAGGCGGCUUCAGGGGCCGAGGUGGGGACCGCGGGGGCUUCAGAGGCGGCCGAGGAGGCGACCGUGGAGGUUACGGCCCUGGAAAGAUGGACGCAAGGGGUGACCGCAGACAGGAGCGGCGAGGACGUCCCUACUAAACCAUCAUACAAGGACAAAGCGUCCCCCUCCCACCCUACAAAGACCAGCGUGUGCACCCCCGUCCGUCCUGGGCCCAGCCCACGCCUUCCGUUUGGCUCCGUUACCUUUGAUCCUUUUUAUUCAGUGUGUAUAAACCUGUGACUCUCCCUGUUUCUGUUUGCUCUCUUUCUCGUCCUUCCACACUCCUUUAGAAAAACUGUUUUCUGUCUUGUGAGUCUGAGUUUGUACACAUGUCAAACUGUGAAUUUAUUUAUGAGCUUAGAAAGGAUUCGAGCAGGUCCAGCAGUAUCUGAUCCAGGUGCCGGUCACACAGGUUGAAUGGGGUUUCUCUUUCACUCCGUGUUUAAAAGAAAUGUAAUCAAAUUUCCAGUCGUGGGUCGGGGAUGGACUGAUUUGCAUCUGGUUCAUUUCAACAGUAUUUUCUCGUGAGCUGCUGCCGUCGACUGAACGAAACAAAUCUCACAUGUGUGUUUUGUUGCGUGUCCCACACACACCUUUAAGUUCACGUCUACUUCAAGUUCUUGACCAGAAAUCAGGUUUCCAGUCUGGUGGUGACAGAUGAACUGUCUUUAUCUUUGUUUUCACUUUGACGUUCAGCAAGCUGGGAUUUUACAAACCAGUCUGAUGGCUCGUGUUGUCAUACUGUGAGACUGCUUUGUGAAUGUCGUCGCUGUGCUGUCAGGUGCCAGCGGCGAAGUCAAAGAUUGAGGUUAUUUGUGGAAUCUUUCUAAACUGACAGUGUCAUUCAACAGUUCAACCUUUUACGGAUUGGCUCGCUGUGCAGGCAAAUGUCUGCUGUUGAACUGAGUAACUAACAAGUAUUUUCAUCACUGAUUGUUUUCUCUAUUAACUUUGGUUAAUCGUUCAGUCCAUGAGACGUCAGGAAAAGGUGAGGAAUGUCUCCAAAAACCCAAACUUGACGUCAUGAAAAGUCUCAUUUGGUUUGAGUUCGAAACCCAAAAACAUUCAAGUUCUCAUGUUUGGGAACCGUCACGUUUUUGACAGAAAAAUAACUCAAAUGAUCAAACGAGUCAGUUACUGUAACUGAGGCUCUGAGGCAGCAGUUUGCGCUUUGGGAAACCAAAUGGCGAGCAGUCUUCUGCUGUCCUAAUGGUGCACAGUCAGCGUAUUCGCUGUGCAUACAAGCUGCAUGACACGCACUAUUUUUUUAUUCAUUUAAUUUUUCCCAGGAUGGCGAAGGCUUGUGCUGGCCUACCCUGCCUCUGAUUGGCUUACCUUGAAACACUAACCUUAAGCCCUGGAUUAGACGGACAGGGUCAGCUGCAGACGUAGGGCUCCUGUCAUACUUUAUCUCCGGGUGUUGAAGUACCAGUUGGCGUUAAGGUCUGAGUUAGGACCACAACUUUCUGUGAGUGUCAGUUCAGAUCAAACUGCUCGCCGGUUUGUGACAGCACGACUUGUGAAAUUCUCUUUCCUCUUCAGUAACAUUUUAACGAGUGAAGCGUCAGUUUGAUUUGAGGUGGCUCACAGGAUCGGGUCCGCUGUCUGGUUCUGGUGUCCGGGUGGAGGUUCUGAUCAGGUUUAAAACACUCGCGUCUCUGCAGACAUGAUGAGGUUCUUGUUGACUGAACUCUUGUUGGUGUAUUUAUUGUUUCUGCGUUGUUUUUGUGUUGAUCAUGUGCUGCUUCUCAAAUCAAAGUGUUGAUAAUAAAACCAAAUGAUCUGUU